AUGGCUCCAGGAGGUCGGGCUGGCUUCCGUGGAGGUUCAAGAGGCCGAGGGGCACCCAGAGGAGGCGGCAGGGGGAGAGGCAAAGGAGGACUAGCCAGGGGAGGCAGAGGGGGCAGAGGCAGAGGCAGAGGAGGUGCAUCACAGCCACGAGGGCCAAGGUUCGAAAGUGCGCGAGUGGAAUAUAGUGAUUCGGAAGAUGAGUCUGGCCAGGAGGAAGAGGACUCAGACAUCGAUGAAGGUGACGAGGAUGUUGAAGACCCCUCAGAAGAUGAGGAGGCCAAUAGCAAAGCAGCUGCCCGGCCUUAUAUGACCCUCGUCAAGAGCUUGACAGAUGAGAGCGCUGCGCCUCGUGCCAAGAGGAGGAAACUAGACCAUGAAGCAGCCCAGCCAGAACGGCCAAAGAACCAGCCUGAAGAUGGGCAGGUUGGUGUUGAGGUGGAUAGAGUUGAGGAUGUCGACUUCGUGGAAGAGCCUGAGGACGCCCCAGAAGAGACUGCCGCAGAAGACGCCUUUGACCAAGACGACGAGGACGAGGUGGUGGACAGCUCGGAUCCCUUUCAAUGCCAUUUCAGUGCUCCUGACGAGUACAGUGUAGUGAGGAGGCUAAAGGCGAUCGAGGAAGCGAAAUGGGCAACGAAGAAGGUAGCGGUCAAGGGCACAAGAACGGUUCUCAGCGCACCGGACACGAGCGACAAGAACGACGAGCUUUCGGUGCCAGUUCCAAUUUCAAACGCCUCAGAUCUGCAUUUGAAGCAAAAGUUGGCCGAUUCUAUGAGGGAGAAGCGAAAACUCGAUGGCCUCGAACAGUCCCUGGCACCGCACGUGUUCGGAUACCGGGAUUUGCUUUUCUGUCAGAGAUCACUGAAUAACGGCAAAAGUAUCCGGCGGUUGGCCUGUCUCCAUGCCCUUAACCAUGUCUUCAAGACCCGCGACAGGGUGAUCAAGAACAAUGCGAAGCUUGCUCACCAGAAGGACGGAGAGGAGCUCGAGCUCCGCGACCAGGGCUUCACGCGGCCAAAGGUACUCAUGAUUCUCCCGACACGAGAGUCAUGCUAUAAGAUGGUGGAGGCCAUGGCAGCCAUCUGCGAACCCGAGACGCAGGAGAACAAGAAGAGGUUCGAGGAUUCAUAUCAUGACAAGGAAGAGCGGUUCUCAGGGGAGAAGCCGGCUGACUUCAAGGAUCUCUUCGCCGGAAAUGACGACGACAUGUUCCGCAUCGGCAUCAAAUUCACCCGCAAGACAAUCAAGUUCUUCUCGCAGUUCUACAACUCAGACAUCCUGUUCGCCAGCCCGCUAGGUCUGAGGAUGGCCAUCGGCUCCGAGGACGGCAAGAAGGUCGAGCACGACUUCCUGUCCUCGAUCGAGCUCGUCAUCGUGGACCAGGCCGACUCACUGCUGAUGCAGAACUGGGAGCACGUCGAGUACAUCUUCGAGCACCUCAACCUGCAGCCCAAGGACGACCACGGGUUCGACGUCAGCCGGGUGCGCAGCUGGUACUUUGACGACCAGGCGCGGCACUUCCGGCAGACGCUGAUCUUCUCGCAGUUCAACACGCCGGAGCUGUCCAAGCUGUUCCGGGUGCACUGCCGCAACUGGGCGGGCAGGGUGCGCGUCGAGCCGGAGCACGCGGGCGUCAUCGGCGAGCUGGGCGUCAGGGCGAGGCAGACCUUCUCGCGUAUCGACCCGCCGUCGGUCGAGGGCGAGCCCGAGGCGCGAUUCGACUACUUCACCAAGGCGGUCGUGCCCACCCUCGUCAAGCGGGCCAAGGACGCCACCGGCACCCUCAUCUUCGUCCCGUCGUACCUGGACUUUGUGCGCGUGCGCAACUACUUCGCGACAAAUCAGGCCGUGGAGAGCCUGGCGUUCGGCACCAUCUCCGAGUACGCCACGGUCCCCGAGGCGUCCCGGGCGCGGUCGCACUUCUUCGCCGGCCGGCACAAGGUGCUGCUCUACACGGAGAGGGCGCACCACUUCCGGCGGUACGUGCUCAAGGGCGUGCGCCGGGUUAUCAUGUACGGACUGCCCGACAACCCCCUAUUCUACAAAGAGGUCGCCGGGGCCAACCUAGCAAAAGCAGAGCAGGACCUGGUGAUAGAGCCCGGGCAGGGCAGUGUGCGGGUCAUGUUCUCCAAGUACGAUGUGCUGAAGCUGGAGAGAAUCGCUGGGUCACAGAGGGUCGGCAAGAUGAUUCGCGAGAGAGGUGACACAUUUGACUUUGUGUGA